UCUUAACUAUAACUUUCUUCAUCUCGCAGGUUUGUUUGUUUUCAAGUUUCAGCAGAAUUUCGGUGUGUUAGAUUUGUGCAUAUUCCGUGAAUAUACAUUUCUAACUAUUUUCUUCAGAUAAAGAACGAUAUAUUAAUACUCCCUUCAAAAAAGAAAAAAUGGCCAAGAAGAAGCAGCCUGAUUUUCAGCCAACAAAAUUGAGAGUAGGAAAACAUCUUCCGAAGGGUAGAAAUGUUACGAAUACAUCUUUCAAGUCUAAAAAGAUAGUUACCAAAGAUCAGAAACUGAAAACUCCUAUAAAUACGGCUUCCUUAACUGACCUGAUUCGUCUCACCCGCCAUAACAAUGUGGCAACGAAAACUGAUGCACUUAAGAGAAUUGUAAAAUACAUUGAAAUGCAUGAUUCAUUGUUGCCGACAUAUUUUACAGAAAUAUUAAAUACAAUAGGCAAACUAUUUCUCGAUUUUAAUCCCAAAGUGAGAGAAGAAGCUCUGAAUAUCAUCAAGACUUCUGCCGAUCUUUUAACAGGCGUGCAGAUGUGUUCUUUUAAGACUAUUUUGAUCUCACACAUGAACUGCAUGAUGACCCACAUCAAUUUAUCAAUUAAGAAAGACUCUAUAAAUUUACUCAGUUUUUUAUUGAAGUCUCAUCCCAAUUUAAUUUGUCAUUCAACGCAGUUACUAAACAACCUUCUGAACAUGAUAUCGAGUGAGAAGUUUCAGAGAGGGGAUUCUGUGAAUAAAAAGAGGAAGUUAGAUGACAAUAUAAGCACUACCAUGACAUCUGUGGAGUGGAGGGACCAGGUUUUGAAAAUAAUUGCAGAGUUUUUAGAAAAGCUGGUUGGCACUUAUGCUAAACAGGAAGAACCCUGUGAAGAUGAACAGAAAGUUUACUAUGAUAGGAAAAGGCCACUUUUUAUUCAGUUGUAUGCUGGCGGGGGACUGACUCCUGCAAAGAUGGAGGCUCCUUCUGAUCUGUUGAGGUCAAAGAGUGAUGUGACAAAGGAACUAAAUGCAUUCUUCAGCAAUGUCGUGAGCGUUGUAUCCGAUGUUGUCACUGAGGCAAUUGCAGGUUUAAAAGUGUCACCUGACAAUGACACCUUGCGUCCUGAUAGUGUUGAACAUCUGAAUACUGUUACUCAAGUAUUGUGUAACAUUGCAGACUGGCACAAUAUGGACUCUAAAAUCGAGGAUGAAAAUUUUACACCAUUGAUGAAUAGCAUAUUGCGUCAGAAAUUGUUGAAAGGUUUUCCCUACAGAAUACAUGAAAAUAAAAAAGGUGCAAAAGUAAAGAGUGGACAGCUGUCUUGUGCGGAAUUGAAUUUUGGAAUAGGUUACCUUUAUUGUUCCUUCAUUGUCGGAACAGAAUUCGAAAAUUCUGUGUUGAAUGAACGUCUUUUUUUCAUAUUGAACACCUUAAAUGAAAAACCAUUUCAAGUUGAAAAGAUUGUUUCUCUUACUUUAAAAAUCAUUCGUCGCUUCCUUAAAGUGUUUUCUCUCAAUUAUGGUGAAAAAAUGGAUGUUCGGUUUAUUGAUAUGUUUUCUGAGGUUUUUACCCAUUUGUGUAAUAUGGCCGAGCGUUUAAAAGAUGAGACUAUGACUAAAGUAAUACACUCGUUCUUCAUUGAAGUUUCCUUGGAUUAUGAUUACAAGUUUCUGUUGGACCGAAAGAUUCUUGAUAAUUGGGCCAAACAUGCUUUCACUGAGGUGAUGCAGAUGAAAGCUGAUAAAGAAUUACUCAAAUGUGUAAACUUAAUGUGUUGUAGAGAAUAUCCUCCUUUCAUUGAAACACUACAGUCAUCCAAACCAUCUGAAGUUAUUGGUUUUCUGAAACUGAAUGACGAUGAAGAUUAUCAAUUAACAAUAAUAAAUUUAAUAACUCAGAUGACUAGCUUACCACCAGACUUCUUACAAACUGUGGCUGACUUGAUUUUGAGUGACCAGUCUUUAUCUUUAGACAUAAUUUCUAAACUGAUCAGAUCACUUUACAACAGAUUUGUUGAUGAACGAGUAAGCCAGGAAGAAUUCAAAGAAUUCCUUAGAUUCUUACUAAAUGUUUCUUUCGAUGUGGUUGCUGUUGAAAAAGCAAUGGAUAAAUACACUCCUGAUUACUUUCAUGGGAAUAAGUACGGUGAUGAAGAAAGUUCUGAUCAAAAAGAAGAAUAUUCAGAUGAAUUAAUACAUCUUCUUUUUUAUGUUCAACAAGGGGGAUGUAUUUUCACUGUGGUACCAUCUCAACAGUGGGAGAGGCAUUCCAGGAUUUUCGAAGUCUGCCUUGAAUGUUUAGUUAUACCGCAAGACCGUGGCAUAGCAAUGGAAGUAGCAACAGACUUUUUUGCUGAGCUAUUGAAUUCUAAAUGGACAUUUCCUGUACAUUCUGCCAUAGCCCUGUUGAAACUGUCUACAUAUGUUUAUUUGUUUGAAGACUACUGCAUUCCCCAAGAAAAGGCAUCAAUGUUCACUGAAGAUUUGAUGUGUAGUAGUUUAUUCUACAUAAGCAUUGUGACGCAAAAAGAGCCUCAUGAAAAUUUUAAGUCUCUGUGUGUGAGUGAAUUGCAAAACGCGCUUGGCUUGAGUAAUGAAAAUGCCUAUACUUUAUCUCAUAUGUUGAUUAACAGGCUUUUUGAUCAAGGAACUUUGGAUGAAGUAACAUUAUUGCAUGUACUGAGGAUUAUCAAGUUUCUUAGGACCAAAAAUAAGAUCAGUUCCAAUGUUUUGAUUCUUCCAGAUUUUCAUGAACUUUUUAGAGCUGUUGAGAUGUAUUGUGCUGAAGAUAGUGAACAGCGUGCUGUUUUAGCUCAAAUUUAUGAGCUUCUCCAAGUACCUAGUGCGUAAUUGGAAAGUAUUCCAUCUACAAUUGGUUAUAAACAUUAUCAUUCAUCUUUUCAUUAUGUGUAUAUAUGGUAUCAUCGUUUUUAUAGUUAUUUAUAGAAAUAAAAUUUGAGAAAAAAAAUUUA